UUUCAGGGUAUCAGGGGUGGGGACUACAUACAGCCUUGAUUCCAUGGGAAAAUACAAGCUGAGCUGAACCCUCCUCCCAUACAACAGACGGAAUUGUUCAUGCGAUUUGCCGUUUGUGAAUUUUGCUCAUCAUGUACGUUUAGUUUCCGUAACAUCUGAAGAAAAACAGAGCAUUUAUACUCUAGAGCUAGUGCUUAAUCCAUGGCCAGCCGGACUGAUGCUCUUCAGCAGUUUGAAUAUGAAAUCUUUUUUUAAAAGAGGGUCAAUAUGGCGGGGGAAAGUGGAGCUGCGCAAAGUUGGGGUAGGCGGACAGAAAAAAUAAGCUGGGCAGAAAAAAGUUUGGCGGGAUGAUUUUGUUGUAUGGGAGCUAUUGAGAGACAGAGGAACAUUUGGUAGAGACUCUUCAAAUCGUCAAGAGAACAUUAACUACCGCAACCUUCCGACUCGAGUUUCUACCGAAGUUGCUAGAGUACUAUAGCACGCAGGUGCUAGUUGGUUUUUCAAAAGACCAUCGAAAAAAUUUCUUCGCAAUGGCGACCGUCGCCCCGCCGCCCUCCAAGCGGCAACGCCGCGAGCAGGCGGCCAGAGCCACGACCCAGCAGGACGUGACGGCGGUCCUCGCUCCCCCGACCGGCUCCUUCCGGGCCCGUUUCGUCUCCGGAUCCGACGGCUCGCCGCUUGCGGACGCCGUUGAGAUCCCUCUUGCCGACGCCUCAGAGAAGAACGUGUCGCUCCUGCUAAACACCCUCCUGGGCCGCGACGCCGACGAGUCCGUCCCCUACCGCUUCCGCAUCCUGCUACCCCCCGGCAAGGGUAACAAGGAGGAGAUAGUCAUAGACAGCUACCCAUCGGACCUUGGGGCGCUGCUGCGUCAGCACGGCAUCGAGGACGCCUUCGAGACGACUUUGACGCUCGCGGCCGAGCCCCAGGCCGUCUUCAAGGUGCAGGCGGUCAGUAGGCUGGCGCACCGCAUCCCGGGCCACGGUGAACCCAUCCUCUGCGCGCAGUUCAGCCCGGCGUCGUCUGCGCGGCUCGCGACCGGCUCCGGAGAUAACACGGCGCGGAUAUGGGACGCCGAGACGGGGACGCCCAAGCACACCCUCAAGGGCCAUGCCGGGUGGGUUCUCGGCGUGAGCUGGUCGCCCGACGGGACGCGACUGGCCACGUGCAGCAUGGACAAGACAGUGCGGAUCUGGGACCCGGAGACGGGCAAGCAGGUCGGCAGCGAGCUCAAGGGUCACGCAAAGUGGGUGCAGGGCAUCGCGUGGGAGCCGCUGCACCUGUGGCGCGACGGGACCCCGAGGCUGGUGUCGGCGAGCAAGGACUUUACGGCCAGGAUAUGGACGGUCAACACGGGGCGGACCGAGCACGUGCUGAGCGGACACAAGGGGAGCGUCAGCUGUGUGCGCUGGGGCGCCGGCAACGGCACCGGCGUCGUGUACACGGCGUCGCACGACAAGACGGUCAAGGUCUGGGACGCCGUCAAGGGUACCAUGCUGCACGACCUCAAGUCCCACGCUCACUGGGUGAACCACCUCGCGCUCUCGACCGACUUUGUCUGCCGUACCGGCUUCUUUGACCACACUAAGACGGUGCCUGCCACAGCCGAGGAGAAGACGGCCAAGGCAAAGGAGAGAUACGAAAAGGCGGCUAAGGUCGGCGGCAAAAUUGUCGAGCGGCUGGUCAGUGCCAGUGACGACUUUACCAUGUAUCUGUUUGACCCGUUGAACGACGGGACGAAACCCAUCGCCAGGAUGAUAGGGCACCAGAAGCAGGUCAACCACGUCACGUUCUCUCCUGACGGGUCGAUGAUUGCCAGUGCGGGUUGGGAUAACGCCACCAAGCUGUGGAAUGCCCGAGACGGUAAGUUCAUCAACACCCUCCGAGGCCACGUGGCACCCGUCUACCAGUGCUCGUUCUCGGCCGACUCGAGACUGCUCGUUACGGCAUCCAAAGACACAACUCUCAAGGUGUGGAACGUAAGGACAGGAAAGCUUGCAACAGAUCUGCCGGGUCAUGAGGAUGAGGUCUACGGUGUGGAUUGGAGCCCGGACGGCCAGCGCGUUGGGUCGGGUGGUAGAGACAAAGCAGUUCGACUUUGGAGAAAUUAAGGGCAGAAAUCACAAUGACAGUACAUAUGCUAGAUACCCUGACGAACAUGACAUGAUAGAAAAUAAUAGAAGAAUACGAA